GCAACAAUAGCCCCCUUUUUGAGGCAUCGCCGUCGUGAGUCACUGAAGUUGUCAUAUCGGCAGGUACAUUUUUGAUUUAAAUACCAACCAAGCUGGAAACUUCUCACUUUCUGGACUGAUGAACUAAGCCCAUGUUACACUAUUUCUGACUUGGUAUUCUUGUUUGAAACAUCACAAACAAACUUGCUAUCUACUUCAAAGAGCACCCACCAUGGCCAGCACAAGAAAGUUAACAGCAACUUCAUCAACAUGCGAGGAGCCGGGAGCAAAAAUACUCGAAACGCAACGUCUCAUCCUCCGUCGAUUCUAUCCGUCCGAUGCAGAAGUCAUGUCUCAAGCCGCUGACAACAAGUCUGUCUCCAAAAACAUGCGCGAUGGUUUCCCAUCCCCUUACACACUGGCCCAUGCAGAGUCUUUUAUCAACAACGUAGCCAACAACUUUGACGGUGCUGGGCAACACUGUGGCAUCUUUGUCAAGGCCAACACCACAGAGAACCCUUCGUCGGAACCGGUCUUUGUAGGCACUAUAGGCAUGAUGGCCAAGAACGACGUCUAUUUCCGCACAUGGGAGAUGGGCUACUGGUUGGCUGAGACAGCCUGGGGAAAAGGCUAUGCAACUGAAGCUGCCAAGGCGCUCAUACGAUGGUGUUUCGAAACAUGGCCUGAGUUAAACAGGAUUGAGGCGUGUGCAAAUGGGGGCAAUAAAGCAAGCCAGAAUGUACUAAGGAAGUCUGGGCUCGUUGAAGAAGGCACUAGGAGAGGUGCUGUUUGCAAGAAUGGGGAAAUACUAGACGAGGUUCUGUUCGGUCUGUUGAGGAGCGAACUAUAGCUGAAUAGGAGUUAAGGAAGAUGCAGACCUGACACUGAAGACAUUAUACUUAUAAUGCAGAGUCGUUUAUCAUAUCAAUCAGGACGCUUGUUCAACUUGAUAUUAGUUAUACAAUAUUGGCGCAUUUAAUGGGGUCAGCAUAUAGGCGUUGCUUGGGUUAGGCAUGCGAAGUUUCAUCUCUGAGAUUUAAAAAAAAAUAUAUAUACAGAGAAGCAAGACCAACUUCACUUAUG